GCCAAAGCUAGGAAUUGAGAAACGUAUAUUUAUUUACGUAUUGAACGUAACUUAGUUAAGUAUGGGGAUAUCUAAACCUUAUUGUUAGCUGGAAAAUGUUCGCUUUUUUCAGUCUUUACUACUAGUAAUAAUAACAUUAACAGAGAAAGAAACAAUCCCGAUUAACUGUUAAAUUACCCCCAUUUCUGCCUUCGGGAAUAAAAUUUUGUUUUUGACUUUGAGUAUGUUGCGUUUGAAAAAUUAAUAUCGCCGUUUCGCCGAGAAAAACAGCAAAUCAAAUAUCCAAAUGGAUCUCACUCGCUUUCAGAAGGGGCAGAGAGCAUCCAUAAUGGUCAUAUGGUUAGAGAUACAUCGUGUACAUCAUCAGGAACCCAUCGGCAGAUAAUGAUGGAAGAAGUAGCACCUUCUGCUGCAAGCAUACUUGAUGCAGAAAUAUUUAGCUGGCAAGUUCCUUUGGAAUGGUUCACCACGAAACGACGGGGAAAGGAACGUGGUGACAAGGCUCUACCCAGAAGUGUUCGGAGAUAUUAUAAAACUCAAGAUGAGCUUAUUACGACUUUUGAAGAACUGCAACUGGAAGUUGAUGAUGCCAUGGAAAACACUAAUGAAAAGACCAGCUUGAGAAGAAAAGCAACUUUUAUGUCAAAAGUGUCAUUUGUGUGCAAUUUGUUUCUCCUAAUAAUUAAGACUGUAGCUGCAUGUUUGUCUGGAUCCCUGUCAGUGUUGUCAUCUGUGAUUGACAGUGGGGUUGAUUUAGCUUCUGGUAUCUUGAUCUGGUGGAGUAACCGAGCCAUCAAGAAAAGAGACUUGUACCAGUAUCCUCAAGGUCGAACUCGCCUUGAACCCAUAGCCAUAGUUAUACUGUCAGUGAUCAUGUCUCUUGCAUCAGUUCAGAUGGUACGAGAAGCAGUAGAAAAUAUAAUAUUUUAUACAGUACACAGUGGAAUAAUUAGGUUUCAAGCUGAAACUAUUGCUAUUUGUUUGGUUACCAUUGGAGUAAAGGUGACUCUCUAUGUAUUCUGUCGUCGCUUUAAAUCAAGUAGCCUUCAGGCCCUCUCUCAAGAUCAUAGAAAUGAUGUUUUGUCUAAUACUGUAGCCUUAGUUUGUGGAUACAUAGGAUAUGAAGUUUGGAGGUUUGCUGACCCACUUGGUGCUAUCAUAAUCAGCUUGUAUAUUAUUAUUAGCUGGGCUGUAACAGGUUGGGAACAAAUCAAAAUGCUGACUGGCCACACGGCUCGUCCAGAAUUCCUUAAGAAGAUUACUUGGAUUGCACUUAAUCAUCAUCAAAAAGUUUUGCUGAUUGACACUGUACGGGCAUUUCACUUUGGAAACAAUUUUUUAGUAGAAGUGGACAUCGUUCUUCCAGAAAAGCUUACAUUAAAAGAAUCUCAUGACAUUGGGGAAUCUCUCCAGCAUAAGAUUGAGAGGCUACCUGAAGUGGAAAGAGCUUUUGUUCACCUGGAUCAUGAAGCCAAUCAUGCCCCAUGGUCUGAGCACAAAAUUGUGUAACAGGGUCCAUGGUUCAUUACUCGUUUUAUAUACAUGAGGUGCAGUACAUUAAUUAUUCUAAGGCAAAUGUUAUAAUCUGUUAGAAUGUCUUUUAAAAAAUAUAAAGACAUAAUCCUUGAUAAAACUCCUUUUCAACAAAUGUUUUAUAGUAUUAAAGAAAGAUUUAAAAGUAGAUUAAUGUUGAUUCUGUUUCAUUUGUAGUUUUCUAAUUUCUAAUGUUUCUUAAACAACAACAAGAUGUACACUGCUUUAGCCACAAGAAUGAACUAAAUCUUUCUGUUUAACUGUUAAUAAAAAGAAUUACUUGUACAACCUGAAUUGAAUGAAAAAAACAAUCUGCUUGUAAGCUUUUUGGGAUCAACCUUUAUGCUUGUAAGGUAUUCUGUUUUAUAUAAAAAAUUAUGAUAAAAAAUUUCACAAACUAAAUCAAUUUCUGGUAAGAAUUGAGGUUUGUUACUACAGUUGGAUAUGUUUUUGUUUAAUGAGAAAUGAGCAUUUGAGUAUCAUUCAUGUUUAGUUUUAACUUCUUUAGAAAUUCAUUAUGAAUAGUAUGUCUUCUAAAUUAAGUAGAUCUUUUUUUCACGAAUGCAGAAGUACAUUUUCAGUGUAAGAAAAUAUUAACUUACCUCUCUCACACAAAAGGCUAGUACCCCACAUUGCACAGGUGGAGAGCCGAUUUCCUCCUCAUCCACUAGAUCAUGUUUCUAAAGAGACCUACUAUCACAAGGAAGAAAGUUUGGACUCUCAUUAUUCUGGCACCUUCCUUUUUUGAUCCAUCACAGUCUACACUCGUUCAGGAUAUUUCACCUCCCAUUCCUUUCCUACAGCUUGUCAGUCAGAUAUGUCAUGUUUUAGGUGUUUCCCCUAUAGCCUAUGAUUCUUCUCCUGUGGGGCUCAGAUCCUGGGGAUUGUAUCUGCUUCAAUCAGGCACAAUUUUCCAGGAUUCAACUUUCUCUAACUGAACUUUAUGCUACCUUUCCUCUGUCCAUUUAACAUAUUAAGCCUUUUGUCAACCUCCUGAUGUCAUUUCAGAAGAGCUCAGGACCCUCCUUUGGACCAUCAUGGCUCGUUUAUCUGCCUCUGCCCUUUCUCUCAAUACAAGGCUACUAUGCUGUUAGGACUUAUUAGGGAAGGAUGAUUUACUGGAAGGGGUUUGUCUCCCUCUUUCCUCCCUAAGAUAUCCCCAACAGGCCCAUUUUCUUUGUGAUUCCAUCAUUGGGGUCUUCCAGAUUGAUGUAGCUAGGUUACAUUUUUCCUUAUUCUCCAUAGCCACAUAUUUGUCUUGUCCUCCUGUAACCUCCCAUGAUUUGCCUAUCCUGGUUUUCUGCCCUCCUUCUUCCUCACCCCGUCCUUUACCUUCCUCAAGGCAUACCUGUCCCUAUCCUCAUUUUACUUGUGCCCGUUUGGACAGAUGCCAGCAUUAUUAGUGACAUGGCAGAGGUUCCCUGUCUCGUGGGGGCCAGGUUGCUCCGCUAUUGAACUGUGUGGUAACAUUUUAGCCUUCAGUUCUGGUUCCCACCCCUUUCCCCCUUCUCAGGAUCAUUCCUUUCUCAGUCAUGUUGCCAAGGUCGUUCUUGAGAUAUUGAGCAGGUGGUUCCCAUACAUCUGGGUUUUUAUUCCCGUUUCUUUGUGAUCCCCAGUAAAAUGGACGAUUGGAGACCAAUUAUCAAUCUGUCCUGGCUGAAUUCCUUUCUGGAGCCACCUCACUUCAUCAUGGAGUCCUAUCUCUCACUUUGGUGGGUGUUUUCCCCAGGACUCUGGAUGACCUAAUUCGACAUGACUGAGGCCUAUCUUCACAUUCCCAUUGCUCCAGAGUCACAUUGUUAUCUUUGGUUCAGCCACGAGGUUCAAGUGUUCCAGUUCAGGACACUGCUCUUUGGUCUCUCUUCAGCUCCUUCUUUGUUUUGUUGAGUGGUUCACCUCCACUCACUGGGUUUCUGCAAUCAUCAUUAUAUGGAUGACUGGCUCCUGCUCACAUUCGCAAUCAGUGAAUCACACACAUUUGCUUCUACAGGAAGCAGCACAGGAGAAGUCUAUUCUUACCCCCACUCAAUACCUAGUUCACUUGGGAUUUUUCUUCAAUUCACUCCUCAGUCAGGUCCAGCCUUCUCCUCUUCAUCUCUGGGAUAUGGAUCGGGCAGUCACAAAAGCCCUUACCUUUCCUAUUCUCACAGUUUGAGAGGUUUUAUCUCUUUUGAGGAUGUGGGCUUCCUUAGAAGCUCUCAUUUCUAUGUGUUGAGCUUAUAUGCAUUCACUUCAGUGGACACUUUUUGAUCAGUGGAACUUCUCCCUCUAUCCCUUAACUAUCCUAUUACCUUUCUCUGUUACCAAGGUGGACCUAGCUUUGUGGCUCAACAGGGAUCAGACCACGGUGGAGGUUCCCAUUUCUCCACCUCUUUCCAGAGUUACAUCUUUGGUGGGGUGGGAGCUUUCCUGAACUCUCAAGAAAUUUCUCGUCUGUGUUCUGUAGAUGAGUCUGCACUCCACAUCAACAUCCUUGAGCUUUUGGCAGUCUAUCAGGCUUUGACUCAUUUCCUUCCACUUCUAUGGGGGUGGGUGGUUAUGGUCCACUCCAACAAUUUCACGGGCAUUGAUUAUAUCACCAAGCAAGUUGGAAUCAAAUCCAGAUCUCUGUGUUUCUGGGCUCCGCAUCUUCUUUUCUGAGCCCACGAUCACAACAUGGAGGGGUUAGCUUGCCAUGGCAUUUUCCUGAAGCCAUGAAUCUGGUUGCAGAUCAUUUAUCUUGUUCGAACCAGGUUCUCCCCAUGGAGUGGUCUCUUCAUCUACGGGUUUUUCAGUGGGUGUGUUUUAAACUGGGGGGCAUUGCUUGUCAAUGCCUUUGCUACACACUGGAACACCAAACUUCCUUCCUUUUGGUCUCCCAUUACACACUCAUCAGCUCUGGGUGUAGAUGCAUUCAGUGAGUAUUGGAUAGGUUUUUACAUUUGUGCUUACUUUCCAAUCCAUCUCUUAUCCAAAGUUUUGUCCUCAUCCAGACUACUACUUGUUGCAUCCUGCUGGUUGGUUUGUAUUGCCCUGCACAGCCUUGGUUCCCUCUGCUUUGGCCUUUACUUGUGAAAUGUUCUUUGCCCUUACCUCUGUCUUGAUCUCUCCAUCUUCUUGCUUGGUUUUCAUUUGGUACCUUUCCACAGUCCAGAGACCGACUCCUCGCAUAGAGUCUUUCCUUUUCCGAACCAUCAGACCUUCUUUUUUGACCAUUUACCUUCCAAUGCUGGUAUUUUCGCUAUGGCUAUCAUUCCUCCUGUACUUCAGCUUUUUCAACUCUUCACUUGGUUGUUUGACCAGGACUUUUUUGUUUCAGAUGUGUCUAGUUGUCAGGUGGCUCUAUUGAACACCGUCUAUUUUUUCCCAAUUCCUUAACAUUUUCUUCUGCCCUGCCAUCACCCCCCUAUUUUUCAGUUCUUUCUGUAUUGCUCAUCCUCCAUGUCUCCCUGUGAACCACUUGCUAUGUGUUCCUUGUACCAUCUUUCCCUUAAGCCAUAUUUCCUUCUCCUCCUUGCCUGUGGAUGCCAUUGUUUCAAUAUUUAUGCCAUUAACAUUUAUGCUUUAUCAUUCCUCUUUGUGAUCCUCUACCCUGACCAGUCCAUCCUGCCUAAGACCUAUGUGACCCAGAAACGUGGUUUCUCACCCAUUUUCUUACCUUCCAUUUCCCACCUGUACUCAUGUUCCAAUCCAGAUAGGCUUCUAUGUCUGGUUUGAUCCUUGAGGUGUUAUAUGGCUUGUACUACCUCCUUUUGGGGUUCAUGUUUUCAACUAAUUAUUCCUUGGAACCUUUCUGCUUCCUGUGAUCUGUCUGCUGUAACUCGCACUGGUUGGGUACAUCAACUCUUUAGGAUCGCAAUUUGGACAUGGAAGGUCGCCCUCUCUACAAUGUCUUUUCACAUCAAAUUCAUCACAUUACCAUGAUUUUGGCUGGUCACCUUUGCCUCCCCUGGGAAGAAAUGGACCAGGCUGGUAUGUGGACAACUCUCAAUACCUUUGUUGAUCAUUAUCUGCACAAUCUGGCUGUUUCUUCCUCUGAAGGAUAUCGUCUUUCUCCUGUGGUGCACAUGGCCAUUUGGCUCUAACUGGGUAAGUCUGCUCAUUUCCUUUCUUUUAUGUUUUCUUUUCAUCUUCCCUAAACUUCUUUCGGGUUCCCACGUAGUUGCAGGUGUUGCUUUGUCUCAAACCUGCACUAAAUGCAGUAAGUAUAUAAUGCUCAAAGUUGAGAUGGGGUGUUUCUGUAAAACCACUGGGCACUUUCUCGGUGGUGUAUGUGUAUAUAUGUAUUUUAAUUAUAUCUUUAGUGGACCAUCACUCAUGGGCUUCAUGAAUAUAGUAGAAAGGGAUUUCUGCACAUCCCUGCCUACCUUUGGAUUCCUUAAUUAGGUCUGGUCUGCUUUUCAAAAUAGGGAAAUGUCUCCUGUGUGACAUUCCUCUGGACUCCCUGCUGCCUUUUUUACCACCACCCGUUUUUUUUUUUUUUCAAGUGGAGCAUGGGAUUCCUUACCACUCUCAGUUCCCAGUUGCUGGGGUGAUGGACCAUGGAGGCUUCCGCCUGAGUGUUACUAUCCUUGUGUUCGUUUAUCCACUCAGGAGAAGAGGGCAAAGCUAGUUUCCUACUGACACUUCCCCUGGAUGUUUUCUGCCUAGGUGAACCACACUCAAUAAAACCAAUGGUCAAGUAUUAUUUGAGGCCAGCCUGGAUGUUUUCUGCCGAGGUGAACCACACUCAAUAAAACCAAUGAUCAAGUAUUAUUUGAGGCCAGCCUACAUAAGAUCCUCCUCAUAAUUCUAAGUUCAGGAUGACAAUGCCCUGUUCAUAUGGUUGUGUGCAGUAGGUGCCUCUGUUCUCGUUAAUUCCAAUUGCAGAAGAUUCUUUCCUGCUUCUAGAGUUGGGUUUGAGAGACUUUGUAAUACUGGUAAUGGGAAUGGGACUUCUUUACUCUGUUCCUAUGGUUGGGUGAAUGCUGCUUGUCCUCCUCAUAAUUCUGGAUACAGGAUGUCUCUACCCUACAUUUACAGUUGAAUGAGGUAUGAUUUUGCCUGUAAUAUUGGCUACAGCUUUCCCUGUUCUUAUGGUUGAGUUGAGGCAAUGCCAAGACCCUGUAAUGUUUUGUCAUACUUCUUGCUCCCAUGGUGGUUUUGGGACUUUGUCCAGUUACGACCAUUUGCUCACUACCUCUUCGUAUUUCCAGUUGCUUGACGUACGGCACUCCGUUACUUACAGUUGGGGUUGUUGGGUAUCAUUAACAUGGUUCACAUGACCUAGUCACCUGAUGUUAUUAAAUUUUUUUUUUAUCUUGCUAUAUAUUCAUACAGCUUGCACCUUCUUAAUGCUCUUACAAUUGUGCAAGCAUUACCUUUUCUGCCCAUUUUAUGUUACUUUCCCAAUUUAUGGGCAAAUAGCAUACCUACUCCAGAAGUAGUGUGGUACCCGACAGGUGUGCUUCAAUUUAUCUCCAAGUGCAACCGUGCAUUCUGGGCAGUAGCUUUCCACUUGGUUGGUUCUUUGUGUGCCUCCACCGGCCCUCCACCUUUGCAAUGUGUGGUACUAGCCUUUUGUGUGAGAGAAGGUAAGUUAAUAUUUUCUUACACUGAAAAUGUACUUCUAAUAGCUACUUACCUCCAGUCACACACUUCCCACCCUUCCUCCCCACUAAAACUAGUGAUUUUGUUCUAGUUCUGCCAAUUCUGGAAAGUGAGGAUUGAGCAAGAAUAGCAAUAGGAGCUAGUUGCACUGUUAUAGGUUGUGCAGUACUAUUGGUGGAAAGUAGUCACAUGAUAUAUAGAUGUCCAGAAAUGGUGCAAAACUUUUGAGGUAUAAAGACUGGUGCACUGAUUACUAAAAUUAUUCUAUCAAUGCUUAGAGGGCAGUCAAUGAUUGAGAUAGCCUUUUGUGUGGGAGGAGGUAAGUACCUAUUGAAAAUACAUUUUCAUUGCAAGAACACGUUAACGUUCAUACCUUCCUUAGAAACUUUGACAUUCUAUGAACAGUUUCCUUCUUGGUUUCAUGUUUAUUGCAAGAACAAUUUAUUUUCAGUGGUGUCUUUCCAACUAGGGCAAAUGAAUGAAAGUAGUCCUUUCAACCAGAAUAAAUGAGUGAAAGUAAUAAACAUAUAUGAUAUGUGUUUCAUACAAGUUUAAAAUUUUCUAAGGCAUUUUCUGAAUUUUUAUGAAGGAAGAAAAUACACUUCCUGAAAAAUUUCAUGUAUAUUGCUUAUUCACAAUAAUACAAUCCAUUUAACAAGGUGUGAAAUGUCACUGACCUGUGCAACUAUUUUGUCCAAGGUCAUAUAAUAGAAUUGAUUAGUCUGAACUAUAAAUUGAUCUACAUGUUUCAUCUUUAAAACAACUGUAAAAAGCUUUAAUAUUUAACUUACAGUAGGGUAUUCUGUGCAUUUAUUUGCCUCUUGCCAGAGCAGUAUAUUUUAAGAUGUGUGUACUGAGUGUAAGAGAACUGGUUGAUUUUUAUUAUGUUUAUAAUAAUUGAGACUGCGAUGGUGUUAAGAGUUGAACUUUUAUUAUUAUGGUUUCAUAUUCUAUUGGUAAUAAGUGUGUUAGGCUGUAAAUAAAUAGCCAGUUAUAUAUAUAUAUAGAAUAAUAUUAAGAAUGGCAGGAUUAUAGUAAUUUUUGAAUCUGCCCUCAGAAAGGCAGUAUUAGUAAAAAAUAGUUUAGUUUCUCCCUUUUUUGCCAUAGUUUAAUAUUUUUAGAAUUGAAAGAGUCCUCCUGUUGAAUGUAAACAAUUUAAUUUAAGUUGGUGUAAGAGUAAAAACGUUUUGAAAAAUAACAUGUACUGAUUUUAUUUUAUUAUUGAGGUACUUAAAGAAAAUGACAGAUCUAAGUUUAAUCUAACUAUGUAUUAUAUAUAUAUAUAUA